AUGUUUGGGAAACAAGACAAAAUGGACGUUAGAUGCAGCACAGAGACUGAAGCCAGUCGGGUCUCGAAGAACGGACACAAGGAGGGCAAGGACAGCAAAGGGGCUGAAGGAAAUAUCUCUACUUCUUUUCUGAAGGAGCAACAAGGGACUUUUUCUGCCUCCGCAGCUACCGAAGACUGUAAUAAAACUAAAUCUGGUUCGGCGGAUCCGGACUACUGCAGGAGGAUCUUGGUCAGAGAUGCCAAAGGUUCCAUCCGAGAGAUCAUCCUACCCAAAGGCCUCGAUUUGGACCGUCCCAAGCGGACCCGCACCUCCUUCACAGCCGAGCAGCUCUACCGCCUAGAGAUGGAGUUCCAGCGGUGCCAGUACGUGGUGGGGCGGGAGCGCACCGAGCUGGCCCGGCAACUGAACCUCUCCGAGACUCAGGUAAAGGUGUGGUUCCAGAACCGGCGCACCAAGCAGAAAAAGGACCAGGGCAAAGACUCGGAGCUGCGUUCGGUUGUAUCCGAAACGGCCGCCACCUGCAGCGUCCUGCGGCUGCUGGAGCAGGGCCGCCUGCUCUCCCCGCCGGGGCUGCCCGGCCUCCUGCCGCCCUGUGCCAGCGGAGCGCUGGGCUCGGCGUUGCGCGGCCCCGGCCUGGCUGCGGGCAGCGGCACGGCGGCGGCGGCGGCGGCGGCGGCUCCGGCCGGGGGAUCCCCGCACCCCCCGAGCGCCGGCACCGCGGCGGGGCCGCCCCCUCCGGCAGCGCUGCACGGAGCGGCCGCCGCCGCCGCCGGGCACGGGCUCUUCGGGCUGCCGGUGCCCACGCUGCUGGGCUCGGUGGCGGGGCGGCUCUCCUCCGCGCCGCUGGCCGUAGCGGGCUCGCUGGCGGGCAACUUGCAGGAACUGUCGGCCCGCUACCUGAGCUCGUCCGCCUUCGAGCCCUACUCCCGGACCAACAAUAAAGAAAGCGCUGAGAAAAAAGCACUGGACUGA